AGACUUCAACGUGACUGGGCCUGUCAUGAGAAAACCCCGCUAUGCAUCAUCAGUUUGAAAAACCCGCUAUGCGUCAUCAGUCACCUUAUCAUUCAGCCUAUCCUUUUUGGAACACUCAAAAGAUCAUUAAAUCGCAACAAUCACCAUUCAUGGACAUUAAAACCGGGAUUAACCUCUGGAAGCUUGAAAUCUCAAAGUUAAUCUUUCAACUUGUUGAAAAACAUUGCAAUAAACAAGAAAGGGAAAGAGUGAGAGCUUGGAUAAACGAUCCUGAUACCAUUCCUACGAGAGGUUUUACAGUUGCUGUAACCCUGAUUGCCCUUGCUGUGGACAACCCGCUAUAUUCAAUGAUAUGUUUAGGUAAAUCAGGUCAAUACCGCAUUCCGUUUUUACCGAUUGUCAAGAAUUUAAUAAUCCGCCAAGUGAGUUUGAGUGAGAAAGAGAAGAUAGCAGGAGAGUACAUAAGAGACCUGUUUAAAGACGCAACAUAUAAAGAUGAUCUCAAAGAGCUUUACAAGAAAUGGAAAAAGGCAAGAACAGAUACCAUACAAAUGUUGGAAUAUAUUGCAGAUGAGAUGAGUGAUGACAGGAAGAAUGCAAAUAUUGCUAAGGUAGUUGGUUCUUCCGUGUCUGCUGUAGGAACAGCAGCUGCAGUAGGGGCAACGGCAUUAGCGAUAGUUAUUCCUGGUGGUAUUGCUGCAGCCGGAGCAAUUGCAGCAAUUGGAUCUGCUGCUGGUAUAGCCGGAGGAGCAACAAAUAUUGGAGCAGAUAUUGUUGCAGAUAAAUUGGCUAAAAGAGCCGAAACAAAAUGUGAGAAAAUUAUAAGGAAUGAAGCUAAGUGCACCGAAGAUUUUGUGAAGCUACUGAAUGAAUACAAGAAACACACAGAAAAUCAUCUAAAGACAGCUAAAAUGCUCGGUGACGUACUUGUGCGCUUUAGAAAGCUGCACGAAACCAGAGUGAGGAUAACUUUUGGCAUAGGUGAUUCGGUCGAAGAAGACCUCGGGUUUGUAAAAUCGGUUGUGAAAGAAACGAAGUUGAUUGAGGGGAAGAAAAAAACCAUUGUCAAGAUAGUUACCAUUGGGGGUGAAGUGAUAACCCGAGUCAUUCAUGGAACUGGAGUAACGGUGGCAACAAAGAUUGCUCUAAAUAUGUCCGAUGAUGUUGCUCGACUGUUUACGUAUGCCGCCGCUAAAGCCGCUAGGGUAGUUGCUGGUGUAGUUGUUAUUGGGAUUGAUAUAUAUAGUAUCGUUAAAACAGCUAUAGAAUUGGACAAAGGUUCACCUGAUAAGGCCGCUGAAAAUAUUAGAAAAGCCGUUAAAGAGCUGAAGAGGAGAGCGUUACCUGAACUGGAAGAUGUAAUUAUUCAGACACGACUUGAAGCUGCGGAAAAGGAUGGAAUAGAAGAAGUUCUUGAGAAUUAACCAAAGCAUUAAAUUUUAUAUUAUCAAAACUCAUUAUCUCAAAUCAUUAAAUUUAAAUUGAGUUUAGAUUUACACACAGGUACAUAACAAAUUGAUAAAGAUAAAGCGAUUUCUGUAUUUACAAAUUAACAUUAUAAAAGAAAAAUGCAUGUUCUACGUAUGUAUCGCAUAAGGCAAAAGCUUCUAUGUGCUUUACAAACAAGCUCGUAGCCAGAAUUUGAUAGGUGGGUUCUUUUUUAUACUGAAAGGGCACUUGCGAAGGUAGCACCAUUAACGGGGUCUAGGGGUGAAGACACGGCGGUGGGGGUUCAGGGGCGAAGCUCCCGGAAUCUCCAGCAUUCUAGACAUUUACAGGUGUUAUUUAAUUGAUUUGAAAGGCCAUACAUUAAAAAAUGUAUAUAGGGCCUAUUAAAGAGGUAAUUGUUUGAGUUAGGCAAAGAUAAAAAAAAACUACUACUUUAGUACUACAUUACUGGUAAUU